AUGUCCCGCUUCUUCCAGGCGCUUCGCCGCGCCGGCAGCGCCCGGGCGGGGGGUCCGGGCGUGGAGGAGGCGGACGUUUACCGGUGGGGUCUGACAGGCAUUAAGCUUCGUCCCUAUCAAAUAGAAGGUGUGAACUGGCUGGUUCAAUGCUACAAAGUCCAGCAUGGCUGUAUCCUGGGAGAUGAGAUGGGUCUUGGCAAGACUUGUCAGACUAUUUCUCUACUUCUUUAUUUGACAAAAAAAAUAUCGAACAAAGAGAGAUUUCUGAUACUUUGUCCUCUGUCCAUUCUGAGCAACUGGAAGGAGGAACUUGAGAGGUUUGCUCCAGGUCUUUCCUUUGUGACUUAUAUAGGCAACAAGGAGGAGCGCCCCAAACUGCAGCAGAACCUGAAAGAGCGAUCUCACCUCCAUGCACUCUUGACAACAUAUGAGAUUUGUCUGAAGGAUGCAGCAUUUCUAAAAUCCUUUGACUGGGCUGCCUUGGUUGUAGAUGAAGCUCACAGGCUGAAAAACCAGAGUUCUCUGCUUUACAAGACGCUUUCUGAGUUCUCAGUAGGCUUCAACCUGCUACUCACAGGCACUCCAAUCCAGAACAGCCUCCAGGAACUGUACUCCUUACUCAGCCUUGUUGAGCCUGACAUCUUUCCUAGAGAACAAGUGAAAGAGUUUGUUGAGUAUUACCAGGCGAUUGAAAAGGAGAGUGAGCCAGCCAAAGAAUUGCACAAUCUUCUGCAGCCGUUUUUGCUUCGAAGAGUCAAGUCUGAGGUGGCUGCAGAGCUGCCAAAGAAGGUGGAAGUGGUUCUGUACCAUGGAAUGUCAGCUCUGCAAAGGAAGUACUACAAGGCCAUUUUGACAAAAGAUCUAGAUGCAUUCGAAAGUGAAACAGGAAGGAAGGUUACACUUCAGAAUGUUUUAAUUCAGCUUCGGAAGUGUGUUGCCCACCCAUACCUUUUCAAUGGUGUUGAGCCAGAACCCUUUGAGAUUGGGGACCAUAUUGUUGAAGCCAGUGGCAAGCUGUGUUUGUUGGAUAAACUACUUUCAUUCUUGUAUGCUGGUGGCCACCGUGUCUUGCUCUUUUCCCAAAUGACUCAACUGCUUGAUAUCCUGCAAGACUACAUGGACUAUAGAGGCUACAGCUACGAGCGGCUGGACGGUUCCGUUAGAGGUGAAGAGAGACAUCUUGCCAUUAAGAACUUUGGUCAACAGCCCAUCUUUAUCUUCCUGCUGAGCACCAGAGCAGGUGGAGUUGGCAUGAACCUGACAGCAGCAGAUACAGUUAUUUUUACCGAUAGUGAUUUUAACCCACAAAAUGACUUGCAAGCAAUAGCACGAGCUCACCGGAUUGGGCAGCACAAGCCUGUAAAAAUUAUCCGCUUGAUUGGACGAGAUACAAUUGAAGAAAUAAUCUACCGAAGAGCUGCUUCUAAGCUCCGGCUGACAAAUGCCAUCGUAGAAGGGGGUCAGUUUGCUCUGGGAGCACCCAAGCCUCAGGGAGCAUCAGAGUUACAGCUGAGUGAAAUCUUGAAAUUUGGCUUGGAUAAAUUGCUCUCCUCUGAGGGAAGUACUAUACAAGAUGUGGAGCUAGAGAACAUCCUUGGAGAGACAAAAGGAGGGAAGUGGGUAACAGAUGUUGUGCUGCCACACAAAGAAGAGAGUGAAGAGGAGGAUACAGAGAAUCACAUGUACGUGUACGAAGGCAAAGAUUAUUCAAAAGAACCCAGCAGAGAAGACAAAAAGGCAUUUGAUCAGCUUUUGGAUCUUCAGAAAGCCUUGACUGAAGAGACCAGUAAGGAAGGGAGAGCUCUCCGGAACAAAGCAAAUGCCCUUCUCACAGGCCUCCGGGAACAGUCAGCCAGGAGGAAGCACUUGUUGAGCGCAGAGGAGCUGGAGGCUCGGAGGAAAAAGCGCCUAGAAGCAGCAGCAAAGAGAGCAAGGCUCAUGGAGGAAAAGGCGGCAGCAAAAGCAGAGGCUGAACACAAGAAAAAGAAGGCCUGGUGGGAAGAAAAUCAUUACACAUCUACCUGCCUGCCUUCAGAGGAAAGUGACUCUGAGGAUGAGGCUGGGCUGAAUGUGGAUUUAGAUUACAAAGAUGCAGACCUGAACUAUAUCAAGUAUGUCAUGGGAGACGUCACUUAUCCCAAAGCAGAAGAGGAAGAUGCCAUCAUUGUCCACUGCCUGGAUGACUCCGGCCGCUGGGGAAGGGGUGGUUUAUUUACAGCUCUGGAGGCUCGUUCUGAUCAGCCAAGGAAAAUAUAUGAGAUGGCAGGAAAGAUGAAAGACCUUGAGUUGGGAGGAACCCUGUUAUUCCCCAUUGAUGAUAAAACAUCCAGGAAAAAAGGACAAGACUUGCUGGCCUUGAUUGUGGCUCAGCACCGGGAUCGGUCCAACAAUUUGUCUGGCAUUAAGCUGUCUGCUUUGGAAAAGGGCCUGAAGAAGAUUUAUUUAGCAGCCAAGAAAAGGAAUGCAACAGUACAUCUUCCACGUAUUGGGUAUGCAACAAAAGGUUUCAACUGGUAUGGUACGGAGCGGCUCAUCCGAAAAUAUUUGGCAACACGGGGUAUCCCCACUCUUAUAUACUACUUCCCUAGGAAUAAAGGCUCUUCCUCUACUUCACAACAAUAUUCAUCUUCAAUGACAGUCUCAAAGCCAUGAAGAUGCAGUAAUUUCAUUGUUCCCUCAAUUUUUUGGACAAAAACAUGCAAAAAGCCCAGGAUCUUUACAAACUGUCUGCAUGAUGUUGAAUGCAUCCACUUCAUAAACAUGCCUUACACAGCCAUUAUUUGCCCCAGUGUCUCUCUGCCUUUAUUGACCAGAAUAUUUACAUACUGUCAGUUGCUCUGCAGAGGAAUGAGACUGCUUCAUUGUUCAGAGAGUCUUUGGAUAAGGAUGUUGGCUUAAUCCCAGAAUCUGUUUUGGAGAUGGAAAAUUAAACUUUCACUGAUGGUCAGUUCUUACCCGUUACAUUAAGUUAUUGCUAGAGCUUGGAAUGUGGUAUUGUUUGGCCAUAUUUUUUCUCCAUGUCACAUUUCAUCCUGUGUCUCAUUAUACCUCGUUUCAAUCAGCUUUUUAGUGGUUACCUGAGACUCCACAUACAUGUCCCCAUAGACAUCUCAGGGGAAAGGAAGCUGUCUGCAUUAACACCACCACAUGACAACCACAGAGUAAAAACAGUUCAUACUGUUCCAGUUCCCCAGAAGUCCAUCUGACUUUAUAUUUGUUCAAAUACAAAGCAUAAUCACAUGCUUACAAUCAAGCAAAAUCCUGACCAGUAUUCUUGGCAAAGGUGUGCAAGGCUGCCAAAACUUGAGACUGGCUUUAUAAAUGACACCUUUUCUUCUCCCACAGCUGCUUUUUCAUUACACAGUUCUUUGCUACAACUGUUGGGCAAAACUAGUUCCUUACAAAAGUGGUGUGAAAGGUUCCAUGACCCUUUGAUUGACUUUAAGGAAAUCUUAAUGCACAGGUUUUGGUGUUGUCUUUUAUUUAUUGCAAUAGAACUUUCCUGUUGUUUGCAUUGUUGGCACUGUUGGCUUUAGCAUAUUUUUUAGGUUGUGGUUGUUUGUUUUUUUUUGUAGUACAACCAGGCAAUAGUAGCUCUCAUAAUAAGUGUUUUGACUAGAGAGACUGUAAGGUGCCAAACUUAAUUCAGCUUAAAAUUCAGCUUCCAAUAGGAAAUCACCCCACGAGCAGUGGAAAGUAUGUCUUUAAAUAUCUAAUUGCCAACACACAUCUCGCUGGCUGCAUUUACACUGCCUCUGUAGCACCAUCUGGUUACUUAAUAAUUUCAGGCCUGAUUCUGACCUGACUCAUCACACUGACUGGUGGGCUCCACACUAGAAGUCCUCCUGAGUUGGCUACUCUGUCAUUCACUCUUAGCUCCACCAGAGAACCCCAAGUAUUUCCUGAUCUCCUUGACCCUGAUGAAAUUUUGGUGUGUAGCACCUCUGUGGGUAAGUCCUUUCUUGCAGCUGCUUGCAGGAGCGGCCUCUAGAUAUUUGGCAAAGGACUUGCAGGAUAAGAGUCUGACUGUGAGGAUUUCUGGGGUGCAAGGUGGUGGGUGGAUGUACAUUACCUUGUUUUCUCCGUCAUGGAACUGGCAGUCUUCCAGCAGGCCGGCUGGUGGCACUGUUAAUCAGCUGCAGCAGCACAUGUUGCUCUUCGGCCUCAUUUGAGAGCAGGGCAGUGAUCUCCAGCCUGGAAAAACACUUCCUCUUUGCCAGAAUUAAAACACCAAUUAUGCUUUUCUCUUUGCCAGCUUGACUGAACACGUAAUUUCAGUCAGCAGAUUUAAGGCUCUGUGCCUCCACCUAUUCUUUUCCUGUAUAUUUAUUACCUUUCUUUAAAAGGUUUCAUUCCCAAGUGUUCCACUGUGUGCAGUCUUGUUCCUCAGCUUCACACACACCUAUGGCCCAAUCUCAGCCCGACCACGGGUUCUCUGGCUGCCAAGCAGUUACACAUAGACAAGAUUUGUUUUGUGGUUGAGUCCUCCAGAACAGGUUGAAGUAGUGCAUCUACCUUUUCCUGUUUGAGGCCUCAUGCUUUCCUUUGUUUCUACAAAUGUUUCUACAAAGAUGCAGUUCUGCCUUUGUCCUGUGCCCCCCACCCAGCUAUAACUGUGUUAAAAAGGAGAGGAGAGCAUGACUACCUGCCUGUUGAUGUCCCUUACCCUCUAAGAUAAGUUCCAGAGGGGGGCUGCCAAGUUCCUGGCAUGCGCAGAGGAAAGGUCAUGGUAUGCAAUAGAUUCUAGUCCUCUAAUUUAGAGGCAAGUCAGACAAAAGAUGUUCUCUUUUCGCUCUCUAGUCCACUUGGCCUGUGCAGAUGAAAUCUACCUUAUUUUUUCCCUUUAAAUUUACUUAGGAAAUGCUGGUUGGGGAGCAGUUGUUGGUUUGGUUUGUUUUUUUUUUCUUUUUUAAGCAAUAUUCUUUAAUACACUUUACAUCUGCUGAGCACAAAGAAAAGUUCUACCUCUUAUCUGCUUUGAAAUGGAAGUGAGAUUUCAACUGAAAGAACUGGGUUUCGCAGAGUCUCAGCCAAGUGAAUUUUUUCUAGUGUCUGCUACCCACCAUUUCUCUUUAUUUGGGCAGAAAUAAUGUAUUUUGGAUAAUUAAUUCCAUAAAGGGCUCAGCAGCUCAUAUGCAAGUUGCUAUGAAAAAUAAAUGUGUCAUGCUGUUUCUUCAGCUGUGCAGUACUACGCAUUUUCCCUUUCUAAAUAGCAACCCCCCCAAAAGGGAAGGAAGGUGUCCUUUUGUAGUUGUGUCCCUCUGGCCUCUCUCUUCCUCUAAAAAAGAUUUUCUGCAGCAUUAAGAGCUGAAAUGUGGCUCCUUGUGCCUAUCUCUCAUUGCACGUUUACUGAAACUUUAGAUGUAUGCUGCUAGAUUGAGGUCAGUGGCACAGAACAAGAUCAUGCACAGUUCAGAUUGGUUAUAUGAGCAGUUUCAUCAGAUAGGACUUAUGAAGUUGCAUCCAGGCUCAGUGAAAAACUUUGCUAUCCGCCCCAUGCUAGAGUCUCUACUGAUGCCAUAUAAAAGUGGGCAAUAAUUCAGAAUGACAGUUAUACUUGUGCUGGCUCAGCUCAUCCCUAUGUUUCUUACUUGAAAAGGCACUGCCUGUGAUUCUCCAAGUACUGUGCAGGCAAAUUCUGUCUUUGGUGAGAAAUCUCCAUGGCCUGUAACUUAAAAAUUAUCUUUUCAUUCUACUUGGGAAACAGUAAAAAAAUGGAGAAACCAAUCAAGUUUUACAGACAUGUGUAGAUAGGUGAUUUUUGUCACUGAAUUUUGUCACAGACAAAAAUUAUCUGAAUAUGUUACUGUGUGUUGUGGAAGGAGGAGUCUAGAUUUUGGGGAAAGAAAGAGGAAGAGUGUUUUCCAAGGUGAU